UGGAUAAGCUACCCUUAAAAGUAGCGACAACCAUACCGGAACCUUCAAGAGAGUAUGACAUCAGUAACCCCAUAAACUGGAAUGGCACAAAUAAUUGGUUGCACACUAAUGUGAUGAAACAAUAUUUCAGUAGAAACGGAAAUUGUGGGCAUGCAUCUUCCGGAGGCAGCUAUACCAUAUCUACCUCAUCUGUAGCUGAUGCGCACUAAAUUCACUGAUAUAAAUGCUGUAAAUUCCAGUUUUCUUCCAGAUUCCCAGUUUGUACUGUAUGUGGACAUUGUUAUUUGUCUGCUGAAGAGGAAAAUGAAAGCCGUCAGUGUGUUCCUCUUUUUCUUCGUUUUCCCAAUAGAUCCGUCUUCAGGACAGUCGCAAGUUAAAAGUGACAACCCGAACACUAAAAGUUUUCGCCAAAUGAGCUGUGUGGAAAACUCGCCUACGACAGCUCUCUGCCCCUAUUGGCCAAAUGGCCAAUUGCUACGCAAAGAUGUAAUCUCUUUAACUGUCACAAUGACAAGCAUACAGCGCGUCGAUGCAUUGAUGAUAGCCAAUCUUGGAUUGAAUUUAUUUGUGCUACAAAUGCCCAAAUGUAAUAUUUCGGAGAUUGAAUCUAAUGCUUUUUACACGCUUACGAGCCUAAAAGAGAUCAACAUGAGUGGGAAUCGCCUAACACGUAUUCCCACCAGACUUUUUGCCAAUACCAGAGCGAUCGCAAAAAUAGACUUCAGCAAUAACAACCUUGAGCUUCUUGAUAACAGCUUAUUCCAAGAACUUCAAAAUCUGAAUGUUCUAAACCUAAGCGGAAAUCGGCUGGUAUACUUCCCAGAAAACCUACCGCGGGUUCUUACUUAUCUUAACUUGGAAAACAACAUGAUCAGUCAAAUUGACACCCACACAAAACUGACAAAUUUACAGCAUCUGAACCUGUGCCAGAACAGAAUCAGCAGUUUCAAUUUCUUCGCCAUGGAGUGUUCUAAACUGUAUAGUUUAUGCUUGGACGACGGAGUAGUGCGUCUAAUACACAAGGACCUUCGUCAGCUGAACGAUCUUCAAGAAUUUGCAGUUAAAGGACAAAAAUCUAAAAAUGAAAAAUUAGGCAUCGACCACAUAGGAAGCAUUGGUGGCUGUAAAGGACUUCGGAAGCUAAAAAUUGAACGAUGCGAUCUUGUUACUUUAGAUAUUUUGACGCAGUUUGCCGGGCUGGAAACGCUUGAAUUAAAAGAAGUUUACACCGAGGGACAGCUCUCCCCUGCCUUUUUCAAUGGUUGUUCGUAUUUGGAAACACUUGAUUUGACUGGCAGUCCCAAACUUGCUCAAGCGAUCCUAGGAAAUCUGGAUAUCAGGAUUAAGUUUCAAAAACUGCACAAACUCACGGUAAAAGAUUGUGACCUAUUAGACCUGAACUGGAUACCUGACAGAACGGACGUGCCGUCUGCUAAUCGUCCUUUGCCGUUUCCAUCACUUUCAAAUGUAGACAUUUCUGGCAAUAACAGAUUUGAUUGCCAAGACGAAAGUGUAAAACAAGCGCUUUGUCGCUUUGAUAAUCUUAAAAGGAAUGGUUAUCCCGAAACAAAGAUUGUAAACCGAAAUUUUAUACUUGAAAAUCCAAACACCACGAACUGUCGCCAACAAAUGUCAACGCAUUCAAUACUUCUUUUGAAUUUCAACAAUUGCCAAGAAACGGAAAGUUUUUCAUCGUCUGCCCUACCGGGCUUAUCGACGCCACCAACUACCGUCGAUGAAACGGUGACAGAUGAAAUUUUUAAACCUAGAAAUGAUGACAAUGGAUCAAACAAAACUGUUUAUAUAGUUUUAGUUGUUAUAUUCGUAAUCCUCUUAAUUGUCCUUGGUACUAUCCUUUGUGUUUAUUUUCGAAAACGCAGAUCCCAAACUGUUGCAGUUCCUGAAUGUAUGACCAAGCAGAGUUUUGAUAACCCACAAACUAUCCAGUCUGAGGUGUAGUUCUUUCGGAAAACACUUAUAUUUACUAUUCCAAAAAUGUAAU